GGCAUCGUGGGAGGCGCUGCGGAGCCGUCCGCUCCGGGCCCCGGAUGGAGCCGCCCCGCCAUGGCACCGCCCGCAGCGCGCCUGGCUCGGCUGUCCCGCACCGCCAGCUUCAGCGCCUGCCACCGCCUGCACAGUAAAUCACUGAGUGAUGAAGAAAACCUGAAACUCUUUGGGAAGUGCAACAAUCCCAAUGGCCACGGGCACAACUACAAGGUUAUAGUCACUGUGCGUGGAGAGAUUGACCCCGUCUCAGGAAUGGUUAUAAACCUGACAGACCUGAAAGCGUACAUGCAGCAGGCAAUCAUUGAGCCACUCGACCACAAAAACCUGGAUAAGGACGUGCCCUACUUCGCUGAGGUGGUGAGCACCACAGAGAACGUUGCAGUGUUCAUCUGGGAAAACCUCAAGAGGCUCCUGCCUGUGGGAAUGCUCUAUAAAGUCAAAGUGUACGAAACAGAACAGAACAUUGUGGUCUAUAAAGGAGAAGAAACGAUUUCUGAGAGGUGAAAUGAGCCAAAGCUCAACUGGUUGGAAACUGACACCUGCUCACGUCAGUGACAGCAUCAGCCCUGCUCAUCUGUGUGCUGAAGUGAAGCCUUGGUUACGUACUGCAAAAGAACCAACCAACGUAAUUCUUCUGCCAGAAAUCUUGCAGCAGUUUGGGUUAUCACAAUUCAUUGAUACAUCUGCCUUUAUCCAAGACAUUCUGAUUUCAUAAAACCAGAUUGCUGAGCUGAUGUGCAAUCUGCAAUUGUACUAUGCUAAAUAAAGCAGCUCUCCAGAGAG